CACCUGUCAGUGUCCAUCAGUGCCACAUCAGUGUCACAUUUCAGUGCCCAUCAGUGCCACAUCAAUGCCACAUUUCAGUGCCCAUCAGUGCCACAUCAAUGCCACAUAUCAGUGCCCAUCUGAGCUGCCUUUCAGUGUCACCCAUCAGUGCCAGUCAGUGCCACCUAUCAAUGCCAGUCAGUGCCACCUAUCAGUGCUGCCAAUCAGUGCCACCUAUCAGUGUCCAUCAGUGCAGCCUAUCAGUGCCCAUCACUGCAGCCUCAUUAGCGCACAUCAGUGAAGGAGAAAAAUCACUUAUUUACAAAAUUUUAUAA